GGUGGCGACAACGGCUCAUAAUCAAAAGAUCGAAACAACAAAACACUAGGAAGUACUGCAAGAUUGUUGAGAUUCAUAUGAAGGUUUUUUGCACUUCACUUGACAGUCUGCUUGUCAUUCUUGAUGGAUGAGGGAAUCCGCCAUGAGUAAAACACAUAGCAGAUGACCAUGCGCAAUGUAUACCCGGAACGGUUGAUUUUCUCAAAUAAUAGCUUAGCAGCAGCAGUAGCUCUUAGUGUUCAACUGUCAAAAUAAGACACUACUGAACUGUUUAACACACUGUGUAGAUUCAACUUGUGUAGAAUCUGCGAGGAUGGAUCUUUGAUUGGGUUUUGAAGUUUAUGUUUGCCUUCAAACUCCCACUCACAAACUGCAACUCUUCCGGAUUACUGCAAUAGUCUUCUGAAAGUCUGUCCUGGUCUCCUCUUGAGAGGCUGUCAUCAUGGCAUCAGCCAAGCUUAAGUACCUCUCUCUUGGGGUCCUGGUGUUCCAGACAACAUCCCUGGUGCUGACCAUGCGUUACUCGCGCACCUUACAGGGCGACGGGCCGCGUUACCUUGCCUCCUCUGCUGUGGUGGUGGCAGAGUUCCUCAAAAUCCUUACCUGUGUGGGGCUCGUCUUCAAAGAUCACAGUUACAGCGGCCGAGCACUGAGCAGUAUUCUGAGACAGGAGAUUAUACACAAACCUAUGGAGACGCUGAAGCUGGCGAUUCCUUCUGGGAUCUACACGCUACAGAAUAACCUGCUCUACGUGGCACUGUCCAACCUUGAUGCGGCUACCUACCAGGUGACAUACCAGUUGAAGAUCCUGACCACAGCCCUGUUUUCUGUGUCUAUGCUGGGUCGCAGGCUCGGGGUGUACCAGUGGUUGUCUCUGCUAAUUCUUAUGGCUGGGGUUGCACUUGUACAGUGGCCAUCGGACUCCCCGUCAGACCCUCAGAAAGAGCAGCUGACUGCAGGCUCCCAGUUUGUGGGGCUGGUGGCCGUGUUGGUAGCCUGUUGUUCCAGUGGGUUUGCUGGGGUCUACUUUGAGAAGAUCCUUAAAGAGACCAAGCAGAGUGUUUGGGUCCGAAACAUCCAGCUUGGGAUGUUUGGCCUGGUUUUUGGGCUCUUCGGGAUGUUGGCCUACGAUGGCGACAGAGUCCAAGAACACGGAAUGUUUCAGGGCUACAGCAUGGUGACCUGGAUUGUGGUCGCUCUUCAGGCGCUUGGAGGGCUUGUGAUAGCUGCUGUCAUCAAGUAUGCUGACAACAUACUCAAAGGCUUCGCUACAUCACUCUCAAUUAUCCUCUCCACAUUAAUUUCAUAUUUCUGGCUUGAGGACUUUGAGCCUACCAGUGUGUUCUUCAUGGGUGCAGUAUUUGUCAUAAUGGCGACGUUUCUCUAUGGUUAUGAGAGCAAGCCGGCAACCAUCCCAAGCAGAGCAUGAUAAAUGGAUGGAUGAGGUGAAAGUGGAGUGGAACAAAAGGAUGAAACAAAAGGAAGGACGGAGAGGAGGCGUAGAGAGCGGGAAAGAAGGAUUGAUUCAAGGUUGGAUAACAGGCUGGGCCACUGCUGUGCAGUGCUGAGCUGAAGCACACUGGGUGAAAUGCUCUGGGCCUCUAGUUUCAGUGAAACUCUCUUUUAGCUUGAAAACAUUCAUCAGCGCUAAUCUCAUUAAUGGGUGAUGGAUAAAAACACUUCAUAACGUGCCAUCUUCGAAUGUUUCUGGAUGCGCUGAGACCUUUUUUUUGGAUCAGGACUUGAGCACAGAACUCAUUUAGCUCUUCUCAAACAUUUAAUAUCCGUUCAUCUUUUAGGGGCAAUGGCUGAUUUUGGAUCGCUACAGUGGCCCACAGUAAUUCGCCAUAAAUGAAACUUGAAUCUCACAGAAAUUCACCAAUGGAUAUUAGAUUACUGAUUGGGUCGUUGCAUCACUGUAUUUUUGUGUCAUUAUUCAAACUGUCCUACAAAAAUAUAUUUUAUGUUAUUUUAAUAGACUGGGAUGCUGGGUUAGAUUCUGUGCUGUAGAAAUUGAGGGAAUGUACUUUUUUGGAAUAUGAUGUAAACUUUUGAUAUUAUUAUAUAAUGAAAUGAUGAUAACAAGACUUAUGAUAAAGAUACUAGCCGGUCAGUUUGCGGGAUAUGGUGAUUACAGAUUAUUUUAUGGAUUACCUCUAUCACCAGGCAAUAUGUAAGUAUGGAGCCUCUAAAGGAACAUGUUAAUGGAAAAAAAUAUGAGAUGGAGAAAAAAAUAGAUUUCAAUGCUUUUACGUUCGCUUACAAAAGUUUUGCGUUCCCCUGAUAAACUUUGCGAACGCAAACAUUUGUGAGAGAAUGCAAAACCAUUUUUCUUCCAAUCUCAUAUUUUAUAAAUGACUAUAUCCCUUUAUGGGCUCCGUAACAAAUAAUACUUGAGUUACUCCGUUAUAUAUGCAAGGAAGUGCUUCUUUGCACCAUGUGUGAAGUUAUAAUGGUAUCUGGUGAGGAGUAAUAAUAAAUCAGGUGUUUAAUUAUGUGGGGUUUUUUUUUCUUGUUUUUUUUUUUUCAAAUAAUACAUACAUUUUCACCAGGGCAGCACAAAAUUUAAAAGAAAGAGGCUUGGCAUUUGGUUGAGAAGGUGUAAAAACGAUGCAUGCAAUCACAGCUUGAAAAAGGUAAUCAAUUAAAAAGGCAAAAAGAUUUUUCUGUUCUUACAUACAGUUGGGCAUUCAGAUCCAUGUUUUUGAUCAGUCAGGAUGCUCUAGCUUCUCGAGUCCUUCAAAACACACUGUGAACCAUGAAAACAAUAAACUCUACAGUGACCUCUGAA